UCCCUGCCGGUCUCUGUUUCCCGGUUUCCUCAGUUCCCUGGCACCCAGGCUCUGACUGGCAGUGUAUCCCAGCUCCUUGCCCCGGCCAUUCCUCCCAUGCUGCCUUCAAACCCUGACGCCUGCACCUCUCCCAACCCCGACAGGGAGAGCUCAAGUAAGAGGGUCCAGUGGGCUUCUGGGAAGAGGAGGACGUCAUCCACAGACUCAGAGUCAAAGUCCCACGCCGACCCCUCCAAAGUGCCCAGGUCCCGGAGACCGAGCCGGCUGACGGUGAAGUAUGACCGCGGGCAGCUCCAGCGCUGGGUGGACCUGGAGCAGUGGGUGGACAAGAAGCUUCAGGAGCUCUUCCAGGAUCAACCAACCUCUUCCGAGCCGGAGAUUGACCUGGAAGCUCUCAUAGAACUAUCCACAGAGGAGCAGAAAACUCAUUUGGAGGCUCUUCUCCGAGACUGUCCCAGCCCCACAGAGCCUUUUAUCUCCGAACUGCUCAGUCAAAUCAAGAAACUCCGGAGACUCAGUCGGCCCCAGAAAUAAGACUUGUGAGACUACGUUCAGCAGCCUUAGCGCUGUCAGGCCUGCCCCGAGCCUCUGGAUCCUGAGCUGAGAGGGAAGUGGCUCCUUGGGACAUGGACAAGGAACAUUGGAAGAUGAGGUCACAUGUGGCCACCCCUGUUGUAUGUACUCACAGCUAGUUCUUGUCAGUUGGGCUUUCUGGGAGCGUCAUGGCCGCUGCCCAGUGUUUUCCUUCACAGCCAAAUGGAUAAAACCUUUAGGAGUCCCGGCUGAA